CGCUUUCUACCGGAACAUGCUGCUCCCUUCUCUGCUUUUUUGACCGACAGCUUUGGGCGCCAGCACAACUACUUGCGAAUUUCUUUGACCGAGAAAUGCAACCUCAGGUGUCAGUAUUGUAUGCCAGAGGAAGGUGUUCAGCUGACCCCUAAAUCAGAGCUACUUACUGCUCAGGAGAUAAUCACCCUAGCCAGGCUGUUUGUGAAAGAAGGUGUAGAGAAGAUCCGACUGACUGGAGGAGAGCCACUUAUUCGUCCUGAUGUCGUUGAUAUUGUGGGUCAACUGUAUAAGCUAGAAGGGCUGAAAACGAUUGCCGUCACAACCAACGGGAUCAACUUAACCAGAAUGCUGCCCCGACUGAAGGAGGCAGGACUGAAUGCCAUUAACAUUAGCUUGGAUACAUUGGUCCCAGCUAAAUUUGAGUUCAUUGUCCGGAGGAAAGGCUUUCACAAGGUUAUGGAAGGAAUCCACAAAGCCAUUGAACUUGGCUACCGUCCUGUUAAGGUAAACUGUGUGGUGAUGCGAGGCUUCAAUGAGGAUGAACUGCUGGGUUUUGUGGAUUUCACAAAAGAUCUGCCCCUUGAUGUGCGGUUCAUAGAAUACAUGCCCUUUGAUGGCAACAAAUGGAACUUCAAGAAGAUGGUGAGCUACAAAGAAAUGCUUGAUACAAUUAAACAGCGAUGGCCUGAAUUGGAGAAACUGCCCUGUGAAGCUUCCAGCACAGCCAAGAGUUACAAGGUGCCACAUUUCCAGGGACAAAUCAGCUUUAUCACAUCCAUGUCAGAGCACUUCUGUGGAUCCUGCAAUCGUUUGAGGAUAACAGCAGAUGGGAAUCUAAAGGUGUGCCUUUUUGGGAAUGCAGAAGUGUCCUUGAGAGAUCACCUACGGUCAGGCGCCUCAGAGGAAGAGUUGGUUCAAAUCAUUGGAGCAGCAGUGGGCAGAAAAAAGAAGCAGCAUGCAGGCAUGUUUAACAUUUCCCAGAUGAAAAACCGGCCAAUGAUCCUGAUUGGUGGGUGACAAAUCAAGCCUGCACUGAUGUCAUUCCCACUAUGCCAAGAUGCCCUACAGAAUCCCCCAAAUUCAAAACAGUGGGGCCACACAUUUAGCCAUUGGCUGACUUUGAGAGCAAGUUUACCCAAACAAAUGGGAAAAACAUUAGCGAAAAAUAAGCUUACAGGACAACUUUUACUGCCAGGAUCUCACCUAGAGCAACAGUGGCACAUAACUACAGGAAUUCUGCAAACCCAGCUCAGAGGCUUCUCUGACUUCCAGAAGGAUCCAAGCUCCGUGUUUGACACAAAGUGCCUUGAGGUUUCUCCUGUCAGCCAAGUUUCUGUGACCUGUCAGUCCAAAGGGGCAAAUCCAGGAUCUGAAGUCUGUGCCAGGGAUUCAGGAUCUCGGACCAAGGUACCUCGUGCCUCUGACAAGUUGACUCACACUGAUGAGGAAGGACGGGCCACCAUGGUUGAUGUUGGAGGGAAGCCAGAUUCGAGAAGAAGUGCUGU